AAAUUAGAAAACACUCUCUGUAGUCCGGGCGGGGAUACAAUCUAGACUCUGCGCCCAAUUAGGUUCGGCCUCGGUUCCCGACGCACACAAAACACACGCACGCCCCCAGCGUCGUCUCUGACCUCUCCCUCUCCCUCUCCCUCUCUCUAGUUUCCAGCCACUGCAAUGGCGGGAAAGCCGGUCGCCGGCGACGGUUUUUCGUCCAACCUUGCUGGGAUGUCCAAGAACCAGCUCUACGACAUCAUGUCUCAGAUGAAGACACUGAUAGAGCAGAACCAACAACAGGCCCGACAGAUCCUCAUACAGAACCCUUUCUUGACGAGAGCUCUCUUUCAGGCACAAAUUAUGCUUGGAAUGGUGCAGCCUCCUCAAGCGAUUCCAAAUAUGCAGCCACCAAUGUCACAGCAGCCACAGCUAUCUGCACAAGCAGCUCAGCCACCGCCAAACAUUCAGGCUACUCACCAAUUGCCUGGUCAAGUCAGUGUGCAGGACCAAACAAGUGCAUCUCAGACCCAAAUUCCCGCAAGAAAGCAGCACCAAAAUCAACCAGCAAACCCAAUCUCAUCUUCUUCUGUCCCUACCGCAAAUCUUCAGUCCCAACCCAUGCCUUCGCAUCCGCUACAGACAGUACAGCAGCCUAAGGGACAUCUGAAUGCCCAAGCAACUCCAGUUUCAAUCCCACAAUCCACUCAAAUUCCUAAUAUAUCUCCUCUUCCCCCUUUUCAUUCUGCUUCACAGUCACCCUCACUUCUUCAACCCCCAUUGAUCACCGUUUCUGGUCAGUUGCACCAGCCAUUGCAGUCAGCCAGCAUUCCACAAUUGCCUCUGCAACCCCCAUUACCGCCACAGCCCAGGCCACUUGUGAUGCAGACCUUGCCUCAUCACUUCCACUCACAAAUGGGUCCAAAUGUGGGAUUCCAACACUCUGGUGCACCUCAGCUGCACUAUUCUCAGCCUAUGUUUCAUUCAGGUACCAAGCCUCCAGCAAGCAUUGGGCCUUCAUUUCCCCAGGCACAGCCUCCACUUCCAAGUCAGUCACAACUUCAGUCACUGUAUCCGGGAGGGGGUUCACAUUUAGGGUCAGAGUUCAGCAACCAAGUAGGAAACACAGGGCAAGCUGAUAGAGGAUCAGCUUGGACGCUGGGUCAGCCAGAGAAUGCAAUGGGAGUGCAGCUUCCAGCGCCACCUCCAUUGGUUCCUCCACAGAUUGGCCCUGGGAGUCAGCCUCGCCCUCCACCAUUGACCCCUGAGAUGGAGAAGGCACUACUCCAGCAGGUCAUGAGCCUUACACCGGAACAGAUAAAUUUCCUGCCUUCAGAGCAAAGAAGCCAAGUACUUCAACUGCAACAAAUGCUGCGCCAAUAAAAUAACAAGUCAAUUCUUCCGUCGAGCACCACAUCUGGAAAUUAUUGCAGCAGCGAAGAUCGUGGCAUUUCCAGCCAUCAGAUGAAGUCUAUAUAGGAGCCCAUUAAUUUAGAAUCCUAAUUGAGACAAACCACAAUCCUAAUCUGCUUUCGCUACCCUAUUGUUGUAUUUGAGGCAUUCCUUUGUUGAAGGUCUUAUGAAUUGCAUUUCUUUGAAUAUAUGCUUUUUUGAAUAA